AUGAAGCUUCCUUUCCUUGGCAGCCUGGUCCUCUUUGGCGCGGCCCUGUCAGUCUACGGGGGUGCGAGCAGCAACAGCAAAGGUUAUCCCGUUAACUGGGCCGUGACGUUGUACGACAGCUUCGACAGCAUCGACGCCUUCGGCCCCAUCGACGUACUCUUCUACCUCUCGCUAAUGAAGCCACUGAACCUCAGCAUCAUGGCUGAGACAAUGGAUCCUGUCUGGAUGCGUCCGGCGUCCCCGGCCCUGAGCAAGGCCGGGUCGCGUUUCACCGUGUCCAUCAACCCAACCCACACAUACCACAAGCCGCCGAGAGAUAUCGACGUCCUUCUUGUCCCAGGUGGGAUGGGCGUGAGAAGCGGUAAUAGCUCGGUGCCUGCCGUGCGGUUCAUUCGGAAAGCUUACCCGGCGGUCAAGUACCUGCUCACGGUGUGCACGGGAGCCGGCGUUGCCGCCAAGGCCGGGGUGCUCGAUGGCAAGAGGGCUACAACCAACAAGGCGGCUUGGAACGAGACGGUCAAGAUGGGACCCAACGUGAGGUGGGUGUCACCGGCGAGGUGGACCAUUGACGGCAAUGUUUGGACGUCAUCCGGCGUCGCCUCAGGACUCGACCUCAUAUUCGAAUUCAUCGACGCCAAGUACGGCAAGGAGGUGUCGCGAAAGAUCCAAAGCAAGGUCGAGUUCGUGCGGGCAGAGGACGCGUGCGACGAUCCUUUUGCAGCGCUGAACCACGUACCGGCCAGUGGGAACUGCCGGGCAUGA